GAUCAGGAAAGAGAUGCAGACCACGGUCAAAGACACCAGUUUCUUAAGCAGUCCUCGACAUCAGUGACUGCUAGACUAAACUAGUAAACAAAACCAGCAAAAUGGAACCUCGAACCUCCUACAACACGUGCUGUCGCCCAUCUGACAUUUUUGAUGCCGCCGUUCAAAAAGCAAGCAACAGAUAUUUUAACGACAACUGAAUAAACCACCCAUCGUCCACUUCUUAUCUUUCAAUCACUCUGGGGAGGAGAAUUUGAACAGAAAUGUCCCUCUGCGUUUGCCUCCUCCCUGCAUUUUUUGUUCUCUUAUUUGGGCUCUGCCACUCGAUCGUAAUCGAGACUCUAAUCUCUGAGUAUCCUGCAAAUGGCCUCUGCCAUCAGUUAAUUAUUCCCCUAGGUUAUCCAUGCUCGGAGUACACGGUUGAAACAAAGGAUGGUUAUCUGUUAGCUGUGCAACGUAUUUCUCACGGCCAAAAUACAAGAGAUGCCCUUUCAGGCCCUCCAGUUUUCCUGCAGCAUGGACUCUUUCAGGGUGGAGACACUUGGUUUGAGAAUUCUGUCAAACAGUCGCUGGGUUUUAUACUUGCAGAUUCCGGUUUUGAUGUGUGGGUUGGGAAUGUACGUGGCACACGUUGGAGCCAUGGCCACAACUCUCUUUCUGAAAAUGACAAGGAAUUUUGGGACUGGAGUUGGGAGGAAUUGGCUUUGUAUGAUCUUGCUGAAAUGAUUAAUUUUAUACAUUCAGCGACAAAUUCAAAAAUAUUCUAUGUGGGGCAUUCACAGGGAACCAUUAUGGCUCUGGCUGCAUUUACUCGGUCAGAAGUAGUCGAAAUGGUUGCAGGAGCUGCUCUUCUAUGCCCCAUAUCUUAUUUGGAUCAUGUCAGUUCCCAAUUUGUUCUGAGAGCAGUUAGCCUGCAUCUUGAUCAGAUGCUAACCACCAUGGGCAUCCAUCAGCUUAAUUUUCGGAGUAAUACGGGAGUGCAAAUACUUGAGUCCAUAUGUGACAGGAAUGCUGAAUGCAGUGACAUCCUGUCAUCCAUAACAGGGAAAAAUUGUUGCUUUAAUAAUUCUCGUGUGGAUUUCUAUCUUGAAUAUGAGCCUCACCCAUCAUCGACCAAAAACUUGAGACAUCUUUUCCAAAUGAUUCGAAAAGGAAAUUUCGCAAGGUAUGAUUAUGGGAUUUUGGGGAACCUGAUACGAUAUGGUACACUGCACCCCAAGGCAUUUAACCUUGCGGGCAUCCCACGAUCUCUGCCCAUAUGGAUUGGUUAUGGAGGUCAGGAUGCCUUGGCAGAUUUGACAGAUGUUAAGCGAAUGCUCAAGGAGUUGCCUUUGGAACCAGAAUUGCUUUAUCUUGAAACUUAUGGUCAUAUUGACUUCAUCUUGAGUGUAAAGGCAAACGAAGAUGUAUAUGGUCAUGUGAUAGAGUUUUUCAGGUCAAUUGGUAGAAGGUCUAGUUAUUGAAUUGCGAUGAUGUUUGUGAGCAUCUUUCCCUUGUAUAUGACUGCUGUAUAGCUUGUAUACUUUGAUUUGUACUUCAGGAUAACUAAUUAUAUAGUCACUAAGAAGUUCUUACCUUC